UCCACGACCAAACCAUCCAGCUCAGAGAACAAAACUCCACCAAAAUCAUCCACCUGAGCUACAAAUCUUCUUCACCAUUUCAAUAACUUUAAAUAUAUAUGAAAAGGGAAAUAGUAGUUUGUAAAUUACCAGAUUUCCUAUAUAAGUUUACAAUCAACAACCAUUUCGGAUCCCGUAAAUUUACCAUCAAAAAUAUAAAUAAAAUGCACACAAAUAAUCAACAAUGGAUUAUCAAGGACUAGUAAGUCAUUAAGUUAAUGUGAUAUUAACGAAAACUGUACGAAUAAACCUUAGAAAAAAUUGCAUUGCUGAAAAUAAAACUCAGUUUCGUAAAUAAUAACAAUUAUUAUCAGUUGAGAGUAGGAUAUUAAAUCUGCCAGGAGCCCUUACAGAUUUACUGUCGGUCUUAAGCCCGGGUGAGAUGGGAGAAUUAGGUGUAGGGUUACCAACCCCAUAUUGUAAAAAUAAUAUUUACGAAGACAACGUCACCCAAUAAAAAAUCAUUUGAACCAUUUGGCCUCUGCCCUGACAGCUGAAAGAUCUUCAUACUGAAAAGUUAUGACGCAUCGUGGUGAAAGCCAAGAUCCUUCAGAAGCCAAAACGCUACUAUCUCUUCUGACAACCAGUGUAAUAAAUGUAGGUACAUGGAAUGACCGGACAAUGUGGAAGACUGGUAGGCUAACUGAUACAGCCACAACAAUGAGAAGACAUAAACUUGAACUGCUUGGAGUAAGUGGAACUUAUUGGAAACAAUCUUGGCAAAAGAUAAACUUUAAGAGAGCUGUUAUUGUAUUCUGGUCACGUAGAAAAUUCCACACACGCAAGGAGUUGCAUUUAUGCUGUCCAAAGAAGCACAGUGAAUGUUAUCUAGUGUUAUGUACCAAUCAUUGAUAACAGCGAAAAGCGAUAAAGGUCAGUCUAUUCUAGACAAAUGUCCAGAAAAACACCUGACCAUUUUGAUUGAAACUGAAACUUAAGAAGCACUGGACAAUUAGACAAGUAUCACUACGGAGUUUAGUACACAGUUUUUUCGAGAUGACAAGUUAGGCGAGUUCAAUGAGGAUAUCAGCAAUAAGUUCUAAGCCUUACAAGUUCACUAGGAGAAGAGGAAGUCGCCAAAAGGCAGGCUUCCACUCGAGAACAACUAUAUUUUCUCCAUGAGUGUCUUCGCCAACAUGUUCUACCAACAAGUGUAAGAUAUAGACCUCCAAUCAACUGCUCGUUAGGAUGGAGAACUGCCGAACAAAGUGGAAGAAAAAUGGUACACCUAAUGAUAAUGGAUGCACACUACAGGAUCUGCAAAUACCAACACGUCAUAGAAGACCAAAAGAUAAAGCUACAAAGGAUGCUCACAUCAAAACAUUUGGAAAUCCUGACAACAGCCAUCGAGAUAUCAUGCAAACGACACAGAGAACAAAGAAGAAACACCUUAAAGAAAAAACUAAUCAAGAUCUCAAAACCACCCAGGGAAGAAAACACAAACAACUGCGUGAUCAAUCUGUCAAAACAACCACUAACAAAUACGGAAGAACACCUGCUCCAAAAAGGAUUAAACUACAAUACAAGCGACGCUUCAAAGCUGCAGUUCUUCGCAGCACUAGAGUCAUCACCCAAAACUUCCGGAAUCAGUGAAGAAACACAACAGGAAAUAAGGCAAACUAUAGUACCGAUAACUCAACAGGUGAAAGAAAACAACCAACUGACUCCACGAGAACAAAAGGCCUUGAAAGAAUUCAGAAAUAGAAAAGAUAUUAUCAUAAUACCAGCGGACAAGGGACGCACCACAGUAAUCAUGGACAAAAAAGAAUACAUCAAGAAAGCCGAAGAACUACUCGGAGAUAAGAGCACAUACAAACUGAUGGACACAAAUCCCGUCAAAAAAUUAGACAAUCAAAUCUCAAAGACUUUAAACAAGCUAAUCAAAGCAGGAGAAAUAACAAAACAAGACCAAUGGAGAAUGAAAUCCAGUGGACCAGUACUCUCUCGAUUCUACGGUAGACCCAAAAUACACAAACCAAACAUUCCACUACGUCCAAUAGUAGCACUCCCCGGAACGCCAACAUACAAUUUGUCAAAAGAAAUUUCACGAAUACUGAGACAUCUAGUAGAUUCAGCCAAACACUCCAUCAAAUCCCCAACACAAUUCCUGGACCAAAUUAAGGAUAUUCAAAUCAACAACGACGAACUCAUGAUAUCCUUCGACGUAACAGCACUGUUCACCUCAACUGAACCACAGCUAGCAAAAGAAACUAUAUCCCUGCUACUCAAAAACGACACAAAUCUCACCAAAUACACGACGCUUCAAAUUAAAAGUCUACUGGAACUCAUCGAUUUAUGCCUAACAACAUAUUUUCAAUUCAACAACAAAAUCUACGAACAAACAAAAGGGACACCAAUGGGAUCACCAAUAUCAGGACUGAUCGCAGAAGCAGUGAUGCAAAGACUAGAAGCCACGAUAUUACCAGUGAUCAAGCCCAAAAUUUGGAUUCGCUACGUAGACGACACCUUUGUCAUCGUCAAAAAGGAUGAACUGGAAAACACAUACAAAUUGAUCAACAACGUCUUCAAUGACAUCAAGUUCACAAUGGAACAGGAGUCAAACAACCAACUAGCAUUUUUGGAUAUAUUGAUCACUAGAACUGAUACAGGAAAACUGGAAACUCAAGUAUAUAGGAAACCAACCCAUACAGAUCAAAUUCUCAACUACAACAGCAACAACCCAAGGGCUCACAAAAUCAACUGCGUACACACAUUGUUCAAGAGGGCGAGAACACACUGCAGCACACUGGCAGCACGAAAAAAUGAGGAGAAAUACCUGAAGGACAUAUUUCAAAAGAACGGCUACCCAAUCAACUUCAUCAAAAAGCACCAACGGCACACAGCAUCAGAACCCAAAUCAAGCACAAAAAUCAGUAAAAGGAUCACCCUACCGUACAUACAAGGAAUAUCAGUCAGUCAGUAACAACGUAGA